AAUCACUUAAAGAAAUAACAGGAGAACUUUGGUCAACAGGCUGAGAUCAUGAAAGAGGAAACACAAAAAUCUCUUUAAAAAUUACAGGAAAACACAAACAAGCAAGUGAAGGAGCUGAAUCUCUGCUGAGAAGUCAGGAGACCUUCAAUGACGGCAUGGAAAAGAAGAACGGAAGCCUAUGGACAGAGUUCGUUCUCACAGGUCUCACAUGCCAACCACAGUGGAAAACCCUCCUCUUCCUAGUGUUCUUGGUUAUAUACCUCAUGACUAUUGUGGGCAACCUUGGUCUGAUCACUCUCAUCUGGAAUGACCCUCGACUUCACAUCCCCAUGUACUUAUUCCUCAGUAACUUAGCCAUUGUGGAUACUUGGUUAUCAUCCACAGUGACACCAAAGAUGUUAUUUAAUCUUUUGGACAAGGGCAAGGUGAUUUCUGUUGCUGAAUGUAUGACACAGUUUUUUUCCUUUGCAAUAAGUGUGACCACGGAAUGUUUUCUCUUGGCAGCAAUGGCUUACGAUCGCUAUGCAGCUAUAUGCAAUCCUUUGCUUUACCCAGUGAUUAUGACCAAUAGAUUAUGCAUUCGCCUAUUAGCCUUAUCAUUUAUAGGUGGCUUUCUUCAUGCUGUGAUUCAUGAAAGCUUUUUAUCCAGAUUAACCUUCUGUAACUCCAACAUACUAUAUCAUUUUUACUGCGAUGUUAUACCACUGUUAAAAAUUUCCUGUACUGAUCCUUCUUUAAAUUAUCUGAUCAUUUUCAUUUUUUCUGGUUCAAUACAAGUGUUCACCAUUAUGACUGUUCUUAUUUCUUACACAUUUGUUCUUUUUACAAUUUUAAAGAAGAAGUCUGACAAGGGCAUAAGGAAAGCCUUCUCCACCUGUGGAGCCCAUCUCCUUUCUGUGUCUUUAUACUAUGGGCCUCUUCUGUUCAUGUAUGUUCAUCCUGCGUCUUCAGAAGUAGAAGAUCAAGACAUGAUCCUCUCUCUGUUUUACACAGUUAUAAUCCCCGUAUUAAAUCCAAUUAUCUACAGCCUCAGAAAUAAGCAAGUCAUAGAUUCCCUGAAAAAAAUGUUGAAAAUAGCAGUUUAGAUUUGAUUAAUAUCUGUUAAUUUUAUUAAAAUCCAUAAUAGUAUAAAAGUAAAUGUGAAUAUUUUUCAUUUGACAAG